GGAGGGAUUGUCGUGACGUCACGGGCUUCCUCGUCCAACACAUGACAUGUUUCGAUACAACUGUGAACCCUAGAAACGUUUAUAGCGUCUUUUUUGAUCAUCAGGUGACUGCAGCUUUGACAUCAACUCCACAUGGGGCGGAUAGAGCGAUGACCCCCCCAUGCUCGGCCUGUUGGACGUGUAGAGUGCUGCGUGGGAGGGAAGUAGCAAAGGAUGGGAAGGAGGGUAUGGGGCCUCUGCCAGGGCGUCUCAACAGCUGUGCUCUAUGGCUCCCUGGCUCUGUUCGUCUCCAUUCUACACAACGUCUUCUUACUGUAUUACGUGGAGACCUUUGUGUCUGUUUACAAGAUCGAUAAGUUAUCGUUUUGGGUGGGAGAGACUGUGUUUCUGAUAUGGAAUAGCCUAAACGACCCUCUCUUUGGCUGGCUGAGUGACCGCUCAUUCCUGAGUUCUCCACAGUCUGGGUCCCAGAUCACAUCCCCUGAGGUGGUUUUGAAGCGUCUGCAAGCACUCUCUCGUAGCGGGCCUCUCUUUGCCCUCUCGUUCCUGGCCUUCUGGGUGUCCUGGACCUGGCCUGGACUGCAGUUCCUCAUAUGCCUGUGCCUUUACGAUGGCUUCCUCACGGUGGUCGACCUCAACCACAACGCCCUCCUGGCUGAUCUGGCCGUGUCUGCACAUGACCGCACGCGCCUCAACUUCCACAGUUCCUUGUUCAGUGCGAUGGGCUCACUGUCCGUUUUCCUCUCUUACUCCUUCUGGAACAAGGAAGACUUUUACUACUUCAGGCUCUUCUGUGUGACUCUAGCCGCUCUCUCAAUGCUAGGCUUUUACAUUGUUUCACGUCUCCUGCGGCACCGGUUUCAGAAUGAAGUCCUUCUACGCAAGAACGAGAGCCAAGCACUUGCUGAACUGAGUGUCGGUCAAGCUCCUUUUACCUCACCUGGGAAGCCAGUCACUCUUGGAGAAUAUCUAAAGCAGCUGUCAUGUCACAAGAACUUUAUGUGGUUUGUCUCUAUGAACCUUGUACAGGUAUUCCACUGCCAUUUCAACAACAAUUUCUUUCCUCUGUUUUUGGAGCACCUCCUGUCAGACCGUAUCUCUGCCUCUACUGGUUCCUUCCUGCUAGGCUUUUCUUACAUUGCACCUCAUCUAAACAAUCUCUACUUCUUGACGCUGUGCCAAAGACUGGGUGUCUACCAGGUUGUCCGCUGGCUCUUCCUCUUAAAGCUGGGCCUCAGCAUAGCCAUGCUUCUAGCAGGGGCGGACCAGGUGUACCUGCUCUGCAUCUUUAUUGCUAGUAAUCGCGUCUUCACAGAGGGAACUUGUAAACUUCUGAACCUGGUGAUCACAGACCUAGUGGAUGAGGACUUUGUGUUGAACCACCGGCAACAAGCAGCUUCUGCCCUGCUCUUUGGUAUGGUUGCCUUGGUAACCAAGCCUGGUCAGACCUUUGCCCCUCUCAUUGGUACCUGGCUGCUGUGUCUCUACACAGGAUAUGACAUCUUCGAGAGGAAGUCAGUGGCAGAAGCACCGAUCGCAGCUCCUUCUUUCCCUGUGCCACUGCGUCAGGGUUGCUUUUACCUACUGGUGUUUGUGCCCAUUUCCUGUGCCCUUCUGCAGCUGCUGGCGUGGUCUCGCUUCACUCUGCAUGGGCGAAGGCUACAAAACAUCAAGUCCCUGAGGCAAGGUGCCCAACACAGCCACCUCAUUGAUGUCAAGGCUAUCUAAUACUCCAAUAGGGAGGGG